GGAAACCUGUAUCAAGUGCACGAACCACAGAAGAUCGAAAAAAAAGAUAAACAAAAAGCCCAGUGACAGUCAGUAUGGCAGAGACGCAUAGUUUGCAUCCCAUUAGGCAACAGGCUGCAAUUGCUGCCAAAGUCUUCAUACAGAGGGAUUAUGCUAAUGGUACUGUGUGCCAAUUUCAAACCAAGUUCCCUUCUGAGCUGGAGACCAGGAUGGACAAACAGCAGUUUGAGGAGACGGUGCGGACUCUAAAUAACCUAUAUGCUGAAGCAGAGAAACUUGGAAGCCACUCAUAUAUUGAAGGUUGUCUUGCCUGCCUCACAGCUUAUACGGUGUUCUUGUGUAUGGAGACACACUAUGAGAAGGUUUUAAAAAAGAUUGCAAAGUAUGUGCAAGAGCAGAAUGACAAGAUCUACGUACCCAGAGGCCUCUUGCUCACCGACCCCAUCGAGAGAGGCCUUCGAGUCAUUGAGGUCACUAUCUUUGAAGAAAGAAGCCUGGCUAGAUAGAAGUUUCCAAGGAGCUGCUUGUUUGGGCAGAGCCUCUGUAUCAGAGUGAGCAGCAACCACACCCUCCCGAAAGGAUCGCCCACAUCUGUACUCCACCGCAU